UCACACCCCAAAGUAACUUGCAACCUACUGGCCAGAAAAAAGCUCAAGAUGAUAAAUACGUUUUUUCUCUAAAUGAAAGGCUUCUUGGGAAAAGAAUUCCUGCAAUUACUGAUGAAAACAAAGGAAAUUUUCCUUGUUUCAAUCUAUUCGAAGAAAACAAUGCAAACAUGUCUGGCCAUACCUAUUCCUCGCCAGGAUCAAAACUGAAAGCAAUUGACCCUCUAUUACACAUGGUUCUUGAUCAAUGUGGCCAAGAAAUAUUAGGAGGCCAAAGUAGUAUCAAGUUAAAAACUCCUUUCAUUCCUAGCAGCUCAAUGAAAAUGCAACAUGUACAAACUCCGCAACAAGUUAUUUUUGCCACUGCAUAUGAGCAUGAAUUUUACACAAAACUUACAAGCUCAAAAUGUGAUAACAGCCCAAGAAUUUUUGAAAUUAAAAGUGUAUGGGUAGACCAGAGAACGUUGGCUUUAUCUAUGAAUACAGGCGGUUGGAUUCACCCCUGUGUAAUGGAUUGCUAUGGCAUGUUAACUUCUACCGAGCAAAUUCAUCGUAGAAAAGAAGGAAAAUUUGGUGACAAAGAUAUUCUCAUGCACGUCGUCAUAAAAGAAGUCACGAAAUUACUGAUGGACCCCAAUUUGGAUUGUUCUAAUCCAGAAUAUAAAAGGAUUUUCUCACUAGAUUAUGUUGGAUACAGAUUGGAAAAUGCAGGGCUGGUACACAUUCCAUGUCCAAUUGGAAAAGAGUGGAUACUUAUUGUCGCAAACUUCAUUGAUAAAUCAUUUGAUGUGUUAAAUCCCGAUUCCUCGCAGGGAAAGUUCUCCACAUGUUAA